UCCCGCUAAGCGUGUCAUUGCCGCCCUAUCUAACUUUGGGACGAGAUCUGUCUUCGUGGUCAGUUUGGAACUAGUUUCUCGCGCGGCGUAUCGUAAAGGAAAGAAUAAAAGUUUGUUUAAAUUAAGUGUGCUAAGUGUCUAGUGCUUGUGUUGGUACUUAAUGUGUUUAGAAGCUGAAGAAAUUCUCAAAGAGUUGUUUAUUAUAAUUACAUUAAAACAGUGAUAGGAGCUGCAGGUUUUUGCCAAAGUUUUUGUUCGGCGUUGGCGGGAUGGGCGGCCAAGUGUUGGCCCAAUGACCGCCCAUAUUACUGCCCCCCAUGAAGAAGCUAACCAGUUGCAGCUUCUUUCUCGGACUUGGCCUAUUGGCCUUCGCGGUUUGCCGGACUCUGGCCAGCGAAUUCCCAGAACGGGAAUGUUGCGAUCCGGUGUACCCUCUGCCUGCACCUCCUGCGUCGACAACACCCUAUCCUUCUGCCGCCACUCCAACGGGACGAUCAGGUCCCAACGUCAAAACUGCCGUCGCCAUCCUCAACUGCCUACUUGCUCGACAACUGUGUGUAGAAGACGCAUCCUGUUCAGCCAUUUUGGAAAUUAUUCCCCGAGUGUGCGGUUCCGAAUUAGAAAAGGACCCGUACCCCGUGGACGCGCUGCCCACCUGCAACCACGCCCUUUCCGUCUGCCAGCAGGAAAGAAAGUGCAUCAAAUUAUUUGAAGACUUCAAAGUCAAUUGCAAAGUUCGGGACGGAAAAUGUCGAAUGGACGACAGGGACCUGUGCCACGAUGCGUGGAACAGGCUCAGGUUGUCGCCGAUGUUCGGCUGCAUCUGCCCGAACAAUCACAUGAAGCGCCGAUGCGACAGGAUCUUCAGCAUCGUGAACCACAAUCCUUGCGUGGACGUUCUACCAGCCUCCUUUGAUUUGUCCGGCACAGACUCUGCACUCUAUCCAUAUGACCCCGAGCAAGGAAUUUUCCGGGACACUGUCUUUCCCCCCGCAACCAACUUGUACCCCUACUUUCUGUUCCCGGGCAACACACUACGUCCACGCCUCUCGCACUUACCCCCCAAUCAUCUGGCUACGCACACAGACACUCAUCUGUCAGUAGAAGAUAUCGCUCUAGAUUACGAUGAACCAGAUGACAAACUGACUUCUUCCUAUUCGGGGUCAAUUUCAGUUAAGGUGGUUUCCUCUGGAAACGCGACGCCCAUUGAGUCUCAGUUAGAGAAUCCUCUAGUUGGCGUUAGAGGCGCCGCUCAGAAGGAUAAUAACGCCCUAAGGCACGAACUACAAUGGAACAACACCCUAUUUGACGGAGACGAAGAAGCGAGAGCGCCUAGUAUCACUCCAGAGAACGCAAAGGUGCAUUCAAGUCCAGAGCAGGAGGGCGAAGUACCACGGAACUUCAGCUUCCAGAGCACGUGUCAUCUGGCCCUGGAGCUGUGCAGUGGCAACUUCAGCUGUAAGCUCGCCUUGCAGCCGGUCCUCCGCUUCUGUGAUUCCAAUCGCUGCAACCGAGAAGCCUGCAUGGACGCUUUGCAGAACUUCUACAGAACCGUGGAUCUUAAAUGGAGCCUCGAAAUCGCAUUCUGCCUUUGCAAAAAAACUGACAACAAGCAGGACGAAUGUCUUGUUUCACAAGAGAAGCUCCACCCUGUUUGCGCUCAGCGCAUCGAAGGUUCUGCGAUGCCAACUUGCCACUCCCUGGCCGAAUUCUGUCGUGAAGAAGUGACCUGCAGGAACAGGCUGGAGUACUACGAGCAGUCUUGUGCGGUGGACAGCCUCACGAAGAAGUGCGCCGGACCGCCCUCGGAGUGUCGGAAAGCGAUGCUGGGCAUCCUUGGCACAGAACUCCGAGCAAACUGCGCUUGCAAAGGAACGGACUUCACCCAGCUGUACGACUGCCUAGGUUGGCAGCGCCUGCUCUGGGUCAACCCCUGCGUUGUCGAGUCGCAGAAAGAUUACCACACGAAGCGCUCAACGGAGAGGCUUCAGACGACAGCGGUCUCGAUCACCACCAGCAGCAGAAGCUCCUCGUGGAGGCCAAACGAACCAAAUGAGACGCCCAGGGGGGUCUCAGCCUUCGCGGUGCCCACGGCUGCUACGACAAGUAGGAUUCUGCCGGACGAAGGGGCCCAGAGCACGGAGCUCGUGGAAGUACCCAGCACUACCCCCACCACCACCACAACAACCCUCCCCCCACGCUUCUGUGCUGUGCACCGCGAUCAUUCCGUGCAGUACAUCCGAGAAGGGAGGGGGAAGAGGCUCUACCGGGAGGACGAGCCGGAGUGUUCCGAGCUUUGUCAGUGCAGCGAGGGCGAGUCUCUGAGCUGCAACACCGUUUGCGUGGACAGGGCCCCGUGCAAGACGGACUUCGCCUUCUACAACCACGCGGCCCCCGCGUACCAGGCGUACCGAGGACGCUGCCUCUGCUACUCCGGCCGCUUCAUCUGCAUGCGCCCUACACCAGACGCAUACAAACUACCCCAGGGCGUGUUCCUGUUCCUGGGCUACAGUGAGACUGACGAAGCUCUGCUCAAGCCUCACAGCAACCUUUCGAUACAAGACGCUGUGGGUUCCCUCCAAGACUUCAUGCACCACGGACUCGCCAACAAGACCACGUGCACGCUGGCAUUGUACAACGUGACUAAGGAAAACCUGAUUCUGGUGGCGAAAAUCAAGAAGGAAAGUCGAGGCGCGAACCCUCGACCGUCACUCGACCUCCUGAUGCGGGAGAAGGAGGAGUGCGCUGGACCACUCCACGACAUCAGCGAGAAGAUCAACUCUCACCACCCGGAACUUCAUUCUCACCUCCUCCUCUCCAUCUUCAAGAUGGCGGAAGUGGAGGUGAAGGUCCCGGAUUCGAAUUCGGGGCUGCGCCUCUCGACCGGAGUCCCCGUCGUCUUCGUGCUGCUCCUGGAACAGCUGCUGGCGUCGUGACGGCCCGAGCUAAGCGCCCACUGACGGGCUUCUUCUCCUUCUUCUUCUCAUACAUAUCCAACGCCAACAACUUCUGUUGCGGACGUCGUACCUAACAAACCGGAAGACUGUCGUGUUCGCUGUGCAGAGAAUUCGUUUACUGCAAACGCAGCUUUUUGAACAAAUUUAGUAAGUGCACGAGUGACGUGUGGACAGGAACUUUGCAGUUGAUGUGGCGAACAGCAUUUAUCACGAACGGUUAGCUACUAAAUUGGGUUGUACCAAAAAGACUUUGUGGACUGAAUAUCCAUUUAUUGCAAUUAGCAGCGAACAAAUAUGGCUGCUUAGGAGUUUGUAUUUCAAGCCAGUUACAGCGAGGACGUAUAAAUGUCCACUGUCUGGGUCCUUGUUCCUUUAGAUACACUUCAGACCUCCCAGGUUACGAGAAAUCCAUGCCAUUCAUUCUAAGUGAACGUUCAUCCCUCGCUUUAUUUAAUUCCAUUUUGGAUUUCAAACUAGAAUCUGCCUCAUCGCUUUGAAGGUGGAUUGCAUUUGCGCCAAGUCACGAUUUCUCCUCUGCUUGAAUGGCGGUCGUCGUGAGUGAAUUUUAGAGUUUACUGCCCUCACGAAUUUGUCUCUGUUCAUUUUCGAAGAUUUCCUUUCCGGGUUGUAGAAUUCCAGUCGCUAAUUUGAUUCGUCCUUUGGGGUGUAGUUUUACGUUAGUACCAGGUAAAGUUGGACGCGUCUCAGGUCGUAAGAAGGCCACAGACUUUCGAGUGUGUUGUCGUACCUUCAGCAGAAAUUCUUUUAACUAACCAUGAAAGAAAACGAAUGUCAUACUUUUAUGGAAGUAACCGGUACGCAGGUAACUUAAUUUUUCUAGGAAGACGUCAGAACGCCCUAAACAAAAGUAAAUCUUCGGUUAAUUUCGUCACAGUCUGCGAGUGCACGAGGAUUGACGAAAUCAAGACCGCCAUUGAUUCGAUUUUACCUCAUUUAGUCCUUAUAAGGCGAAUAUGGCACAAAAGACGAGCGAACUCGUUUCCCUGAUUGGUCAAAGUCUUAUGACGCGAUAUUUCAGACGGACAAGUUGGCUUCUUACCAGGGCGAGUCGAGUGACGAUUUCAUUGAGAGGCAAAACUUAUGCACCGGCCAUUUUCAUCGACGUCCGUAAAGCUUACGACACAAUUUUUACAACAGGACUUCAUGCUUACUCCUAAAUCAUAAAUUGCCGGUGUCACAAAAAUUAAUGGAAGUGAACGCGAGCGGAUGUUUUCAAAGGCCGCGUCCUUACACACGCACACGACCAGCUGUAAAAGUAUUUCAAUUUUUAGAUGGCGUCGUUUAUACUUGCCGGUAGAUGGCAGCGUUUCGUGAGAACAUUCUGUCUGCAUCUUCAGAGAUGAAUAACAUAAGAAUAACGCCAUUAACAUCCUCAUCGCCAUGAAAACUUUAAUCUCACAUAAAGUAAUUUUUUCAAUAAAAAAUUUGCACAACUUUUUGGCAUCCAUCCGGAAACAAAUUCUAUUAGCAGAUUAUAAGCACAGGCAAACUACAAGUUGCGCACUUUUGUCACCGUGGCAACGAACAACAAAUUUCUGAAUUUGUACUUCGCACCUCAUAAUUCCGCAAUGAUGGAUGCAGAGUCGGUCUCCGAAAUCUUAUAAUUCUGCUCAGAAAUCGCAGGGCUCAGGAAUAUGUUAUUGUCUCAUUGCCUAAGACGCACUUCGUAUAUAAAUUUUCACCGCAUUUGAUUUUUGAGAGAAUAACUGAAAAUUUUUUAAAUCUCACGCAAACGUACAUUCUUUUAACCCAUCUUCCAUUAUAUUCCAUUUAAAGUAACUGCUCGUGUCUGUAACAACACAGACAAACAGGAAUGUUCCUGUCGGCAACUGACGUAAAACUGCAAGCUCAGGAACUCGACGUUUCCUUCGACCUUCUGAAAAUGUGAGCGUAAACAAUAUUUAGAACGUGCAGCAGACACGCGUAAAUAUUAUUCAUAUUUCGGUGAAAUUUAAUUUAAUUUACGUGUUUUAAAGUAAGGUGUACUCGUGGGCGUUGUGACCCUUUCAAAAUUGAAAGCACGGGCUAAGGACUGACGAGAACUUAGAUCGAUUCGUAGUUUUCCUACUCGACAUCGAUGAUCACUCGGUGAGUUCGUGUAAUUUUCUAAUCUGAUGACCCAAGUGUGGUCCACUUUUAGAAUACUGUUCUUUACUUCUAAUAAAUUUAUUUUCAGAAAUACUUUAUGUUAUGGGAAAUUUCUGGCGCAAUUGCACCCUACUUUAAUCCCUUCCCUUCCAAUAAAAUAAGUUGUUUCAUGAAAAAAAUGACUGUAGCGGCUACUUAUGCCUUUCAUGCAUUCAGCUUCUGUGACCUCGUUUCGUUUUGACCUCAAAAGUAAUCGGCGAUAUUAUUUUUAAAAUGUGUUUUUGUCGUGAAAUCCUGUGUGCUUGAAAUGCUUAUGGCAGUAUUUGAAAUCAGCUGUUUGUUACAUCUUGAAAUUUUCACCUCAACGUACGUCCGUUCACGAGAAGAAAGGACCCGCCAUUUUUCCUUGAUCUACGUAAGCGAAAUCCGGCACCGGAAGACGUACGGAGCGAGAGAGCGAGCAGAUGACGCUCUGUUACUCCGGUCUCUUCACGUAAAUGCUUACGUGAAAUUAAGUGACUGACAAAGAAAACAAUCAGUAAAAUAUGUGUCGGUGUUAUUCGUGUUACUAUUUUGAAUAAUUAAGGGCGAUCAGAUGUCAACGAUAGAAUAUAUUUGAGCAUUUGUGCGAAUCGUUUAGCCAUGCAGCCAUGAUGUAAGGGAAAAUAGUUUAUUCAUUCGAUACAAUUUGGCUUCAGUCCUUGUAUCCUCACCCACGACACAUUCGCUUUUACUUUUAUGGACUGGAUUACGCGCGACAUAUUCAGUUAAUUAUAUUCUUGUUAUUAUUUCAACUUAAUGAAUGCGAGUCUGAAACUGUCGCAUUACAAGAAUAAAUCGUGAUCAGAGCACUCAGUCACUCUACUUAAACAAAGACGCAUAUCAAUUAGAGGUGAUUUUAUGUUAGAGAUAUUAAUGUUGGUAUCAUUGGUAUAUUUUUAUAAAAUAUUACUGUUGAGAUUAUAGUUAUAAUUUAACUUUUAAUUUAA